UCACACACACUUGGGACUACAUCAUGAAUACAGCAAAGCUGAUCUUCCUCCUCGUGGCUCUAGUUGCCUCUGUCCUCGGCGACGGAGGCCAUCUGGGGAACCACCUGGGGGGAGGCUUCAUCGGGGGAGGCCACCUGGGGAGCUGCUGUGCACGGAGGGGGCUCGUCCACGGCGGGGUCGUGCACGGUCACGUCGUUCCCGUGCACCCGCCGACUACAACUUCGAGUAUGCGGUCCAAGACGACUACAGAGGCACCAACUUCGGCCACGCAGAAGCUCGCGACGGCUACAAGACCGAGAGAUCCUACUUCGUCCACCUCCCCGACGGCCGCCUCCAGACGGUCAAGUACUACGCCGACGAACACGGGUACCAUCCCGAAGUGACGUACUCGGGCACAGCUCACUUCGAUGCUCACGUCCCCGUCCACGCUGCUGUACCCGUGUACCAUUAGGACCCCCUCUUGAUUCUGAUGGCCGAGCGAGUUGAGGAAAUUGUGAUAAAUCGAUACUGUAAUUCUUUGUAAGGUCUAUUUUUGUACUGUCACGGUAUUUAUUUGUGUUUCAUGUUGU